AUGGCUCAGGAGGACAUGGUGUUGCAGCAGAUUGAGAGGGAAGUGCGGAUGCAGGAGGGAGCCUAUAAGCUGCUGGCUGCUUGUUCCCACAGAGAUCAAGCUCUAGAGGCCUCCAAAAGUCUGCUGACCUGCAACGCCCAUAUCCUGGCUCUGCUCAGCCAGCUGCAGAAGAUCAGGAAGGAACAAAUCUUAAAGCAAGAAGGAAGCAGAACAUCUGAAGAUGUGCUGCCUUGCACUGGGAGAGUCUCACUUUCAGACCUGCGAAUUCCCCUCAUGUGGAAAGACUCAGAGUACUUCAAAAACAAAGGCGAGCUUCAUCGCUGUGCUGUGUUCUGUCUGCUGCAGUGUGGCACAGACAUUUAUGACACUGAUCUAGUAAUGGUGGAUAGAACACUUACUGACAUCUGCUUUGAAGACAAAGCCAUUUUCAACAAGGUGGGUCCUGAGUUCCAGCUUCGUGUUGAGCUGUACAGCAGUUGUGCUAAGGAGGAUUCCUCCUGGGGGGUCCCUGGCCCUAGAAGGAUAAGCUUCCUGGGAGGAUCUUUGGGACGCACUUCAGGCAAAAAGAUCCGUUUUGCUGUGGAGUCUGCAGCUUCCUGUGGUGUUGGAGAUGUGAGGCCUGGACAUGUCACCCCAUCGUUACCGUUGCACCUCUCUACACCGGGGCCCAAGUUUAACCUAUUGGCUCACACAACUCUGAGAAUUGAACACGUCAGAGAUGGAUUCAAAACACAUGACUUAACACUUUCAGCAACAGAGGACAGUCCGUUCUGGUUACCUCUUUUUGGAAAUGUGUGCUGUCGUUUGGUUGCUCAGCCUCAGUGCAUGCUUCAGCCAGCAAUCAGUGGGCAGCUCCAAGUCAAGCUUGAAGAGGACUCAGAUGAUUGGAAACGUUUCAAUUGCAUCCUCAGAGGACAAGCUCUUCUCUGUUAUCAGAGUCGAGAGGAGCUGGAGACUGAGGACAAGCCGCUGGUUGUGAUCCCCAUCAGAAAGGAUACCAGAGUCUGUGUGUCGGAGGCUGAUCUUCUUUAUGGCCAACAUAUAGUUAUUAAAACGCCUCUUCAAGGAAAUGGAAGCUACACAAUUACCUCGUGCAAUAUUGAGAACACGCAACGCUGGAACAAGACCCUGCAGCAACAUGUCGACAACCUGAGACACUGGAAACAAUGUUGUGAACAUGUGAUGAAGAUUGAGAUGCCGAGCUCCAAGAAGUCAAACCGGGUGAAGCAGGGAUCUCUUUACCAUGAAAUAGUAACACCUUACAGUCCCAGAGAACGCCCUGUAGUUCCAGAUUUGUCAGAUGAGAUUCGUUCUUUGCUCUCGUCUUACCACAAAGAAAGGAGCGCAAGACUCGAGUUCCCUCUGCCCUUAAGUCAGCCCUUCAAUGUAAACACACCUGGUGGAAAGCCAGGAAGGCCCUCCUGGAGACCUCUGCAGCCUACGUUAAAGGGGCCAAUUGACGGAGGUCUCAACAACCUCCUUAUCAGAGUGUUCAGUCCCGUUUCUGUUCGCCUUCCCCUCUCCAAGUCACUUCAUAUUCACCCAUCAUUCCAUGUAUCCCGUAUCAAGCCCUUUACCCAGUCCCAGUUCCACCCAGCACCUGAUUUCCCCCCUCCCGCCCAUCUGAUUGAUGGGGUCCCCGCCUAUUCAGUGCGACGCCUCCUCCAGUCCACGAGAUGGGGGCGUGGCCUUCACUACCUGGAAGAUUGGGAGGGAUACGGCCCGGAGGAGCGCUCUUGGGUUCCAGCCCACAACAUCCUGGACUGUAGCCUCAUCUGGGACUUCCACAGACAGCAUCCGGACUAA